AUGAAAGGACUGAUAUAUCUUCUGUUUCAAGGUUUUCUGCUGUAUGAGACUUUGGCAUGGGAAGUGAAAUUACCAUCAGAAAUGCAUGGCCUUAUAGGAUCCUGUCUGGUUAUACCGUGCUCUUACUCUUACUAUUCAUACCCACCCACUAACACACGUAGAGUUGUGUGGUAUCAGUGGGUGUCGAAAGGCUACCCUAUAGUUUAUGAUCCCUGGUAUCCAGACAGUGUCAUUGACAAGUUCAGAGGAAAAACUGAUAUAUAUAGGCAUACAAACUCAGAUCAGGAUUGUAGUCUGCUGAUCAAAAGCGUGGAUCCAUCUCACAAUGGAGAAAAACUAUAUGCAUGGAUUGACCCAGAAAACGUUGGAUGGCGCACCUAUAAGUUUUAUGACGUAACCUCCACGAUUAUUGUUGACACAAAUCCACCGCAGCCCAUCAUUAAUAUUUCUGGAGGUUUAAAGACCGGUGACAACAUUACAGUCGCGUGUUUCACCUACCACACCUGUCCAUACAGAAAACCAAACAUCAUUCUGAAGGGUAUUGAAGGAUCUAAUAAAACAGAUGAUGUCGAUAACAAAAACGGUCAAUGGAAAACCACUCUGACGCGCACCGGUGUUGUGAAGGCUGAACGCUUAGAUAUUGAGUGUACUGUAACACAUCAUGGAGGCAGAACAGCAAGAGCUACAAAAUCACAAAGUGCAAAAUGUGUCUAUUAUAAUAUAACCAUUGAGCCUAAACAGGCAGCAGAUAUCAUAGAGGGUGUUGAAAAGAACUUCACUUGUACCGUCCACCAUUCCUGCCAGACAAAUCCUCCGAUCCUCUACUGGAACUAUGAGAACAUGUCAGUCAAAAAUGAUUCGAAACAACUUACAGGAUUUGAAUGGGCCACAUUUUCCACCAUAACCUUUUUGGGGGCAAAGAAAGACGAUGGGAAGAAAUUAAUCUGCACUGCAAAUAUUUCUGCAGAGAAAAUCACACUAUCUGUUGACUUACAUGUACAACGUGAGUGA